CUCUUCAGUGGAAGACGCAUGGCGGUCCACAUUGUUCGUCUGUCACACAGAUUCACACUGCAGUCUGUCACACAGACUCACACUGCAGAUGCAAAUACUCGUUGGAUGGAAGGAAUGUCUACACACAGCUCACUUGAGGAAUUACACCACGUGGAUGUCCAUCUGUCAGAGCAGGGUGUUUGCGCCAGAAUACCCGGCAGUCGAGGGCAUAUGAUCGCUACUACGUUACCGAUUGAAUCUUGCCUUAUCCUGGGUCAGAUACGCCAUGGAAACUUUUCGAAAGUGUGCAGGCGGCGUGGAUCUCCCCGGGAAUGAGUUUUCGACAGUCCAUGUUCCAUUUCUACUUCAGAACUCUCUAGACGAAGAGGAGAGCGCCAGCUUAUGCCUCAGUCUUACUGAGAAGAGCCAGGGCAUACUUGAGUACUUGGCUGUCUUUGCUGCUCUUCUCAAAUCUGCCCGCCGGCUUACAUACUGAGUACAAGCAAGUCUGACAAGCCUGAUGGUAUCUGCUCGAUAGUUUUUGAGCUGCUCGAAGCCAAGCAGCGAUUGUUGGGCAUGCUUUCGUGAUCUGGCUUUACCGUACGAGCUGUUGCGACAUGCUGACACGCUGAACAGCCCGUACGAAUCAGUUGAGGGCUUUACUGAUUACGACAGCUUGACAUGGCACGGCCUCGACUGAUAGGGACGGCUUGGUAUUUCGCCUGUGUGACCAUUAUGACACCAUGUCACACCCGACAUAAACAGAGUGCCGAACUGAUGAGGACACACCAACUGUCAUGGUGGAAGUCGAGGCAGUGAUUAGGACAUCCUCGUCAGUUGAGUGGAACACUCCCUGUCCUCUGUCAUGUGUCUGGUUUUCAGUUGUGGCAGACGGAAGCAGCCAUGUAACUGGUGCAAGCUAGUUGAAGAAUGCAUGCCAGGUUUCUGGUUCUCGCCAUUUACAUCACAACAAAGCUGUGUCUUGACUCACAACUUUACGCCGCUUUCGGCGUCAUUGCAGGAAGUAAUGGCAGUUUAGAACUGUGAAACAGGUGGGCAACUUCGCUUCACAGACAGUGUGUCGUGCUGGCACCAAAAGUGUCCACACGGCGUGGUUGAUGUUCUUUGAAAGCCCAUCCGAAGUGCUAUUGCCACAUUGGUGAAGAUAGCACGUCUGGAUGCAAUGCAAUGUGAGGUCUGCAGGAUAUGGCCGAGCAUUUUGCUGUCGAAUUAGGGGAGAUAUCACCCCUCCUUUAACUAAGAGGGGUGAUAACCCCCCCCCCCCCUUCCCCCUCUCUCUUGAUGAAGAUAUCACGUCUGGAUGCAAUGCAUUUGUGAGGUUCCAACCCAGCAUCUCACUAUGCUUCUGGCUGUUGCAUCAGGGGUGAUUAUCAAGCCUGUUUGGACAAAAGGGGUUUAAAGUUUGAACUUCAAAACUUUAAAGGGGCGAUGCCACCACCGCUCAUUGUGGAGGAAGCAUGCGUGUGCGGCAACGGCAGGGCAAGCGACGUUCUUGCUGACCUGCAGAGCUCAGAUACCUUUUCCUCCAGUUAUUAUUCAUCUCAUUAAUACGACACUCUUAUUACUUAGAUAGAGUUUUUAUGGUGUUGGACAUGUUUCAAAUUUGCGAUCACUUUGUGAGGGUCUGAAAGUGCAACUGCUCCUGGAGAUUGAACGUCAACAUUUCAGCGACGGUUUCAGCAGUAAGCAAGCAAGCAAGCAAAUCAGCAGGGGUUUCUCCCCUUCUCUGUUCACAUGUAUGAUGUGCAUGCAGACAAAAGUUUUCAUGUAGGUCUCAGUGCAGCAAAGUCAGUUUCUCGCAGUGAGAACAAGGCCUCCGUCAACUUUGUUGUAUGAUUUCCGGACCGGAAAUCCAUGAUGCCAGUCUACAACAACCAUCAAGAGUCAAGACUGUUAACUGUCAUGGUUGUGCCAUUUCACAAACAAGACCGUUAAUCAUCAUGGUUCAUCGGUUAAGGACAACGAGGAGGAGAAAGAGGAGCAGGAAGAGCAGGAGGUGGUUGGGGAGGAGGCAAACACAUCUUCUGCCAAACUGCAGUCCCAGUGGUCUCUGCAGAGGCCGAAAUUCCGCCAAAUUCUUGGAUAUCAAUUGGGUACGUUAUCAAUCCUCCGUUUCGUUUGUCUGUAAAUUGUUUUCUGUUUUUCUGUUAAAAUUUUAAAAUUAUGGGUGUUUUCACUUUGCAUU